CCGGCAGUCCGCCAUGAACUGCCUGACGGUGCCCGGUGUCCACCCCGGCUCCCCCAGCCGGCCCCGCGGGCAGAUACAGGUGAUCUUCGGGCCCAUGUUCUCCGGGAAGAGCACAGAGCUCAUGCGGCGAGUGCGACGGUUCCAGCUCGCCCAGUACCGGUGCCUGCUGGUGAAGUACGCCAAGGACACGCGCUACAGCUCUUCCGGGGUCUCCACGCACGACAAGAGCACCAUGGAGGCCCUGCCCGCCGGGCUCCUCCAGGACGUCUACCAGGAAGCGCUGGCUGCCGCCGUCAUCGGCAUCGACGAGGGCCAGUUCUUCCCAGACAUUGUGGAGUUCUGCGAGGCAAUGGCCAACACUGGGAAAACCGUCAUUGUUGCUGCUCUGGAUGGGACUUUCCAGAGAAAGGCCUUUGGGAGCAUCCUGAACCUGGUGCCGCUGGCGGAGAGCGUGGUGAAGCUGAACGCUGUGUGCAUGGAGUGCUUCCGGGAGGCCUCCUACACCAAGAGGCUGGGAGCAGAGCGGGAGGUUGAAGUGAUUGGAGGAGCUGACAAGUACCACUCCGUGUGCCGAGCCUGCUACUUCUGCAAGCGGCCCCAGCAGGCCGGGCCAGAGAACAAGGAGAACGUGCCCCUGGGCCUGAGGCAGCUGGAGACAGCAGCCCCUCGCAAGAUCUUCACUUGACUGCUGGGAAGAUGGAGGGGAAGGGAGCUCAGUGCUGUGGCUCACAGGCACCGGGUCUGCCUCUCUGUGCUUUAACAAACUGUUCAGUGCCUCAGCCCUCCCUGCCCAGCCUCCCCACGCCAAGCGCCACAACUGAGGAUCCACCAAGCCUGAUGCUGUGGAAGCUGAAGCAAAAGCCUGGCUAGAGUGAGUUCCCAUCUCAGAACAAGGAGAGAGACCAGCACAGUUCCUGAUGCCACACACAGGCCCUGGGGCACCGCACGUCGAGCCGGGCUGCGGCGCUGCCGCCGCUCACCGUGGCUCUGGACAGCUCUCCCAGUGGUCUGAGCGUGCUCAGGCUGGCACUGCUGCCUCUGGUGCCGCUGAAUGCAGCCCUUCUCUCUUGUGCACUGUUGCUAAAUUCCAGGUUUCUUUAAGACAAGGUACUGCCAUUAGUAUUUUAACUGCAAUUUUUAGCUUCCUUCCUUAACCGUCUGAGGUAACUUGUCCCUAGUCACGGAGCUGUGACACAGCUUUUAAACUGACACACAAGGCAGCCCAGCCCUGGGCAGGCCCCCAGCCUCUCUGCCAGCAUGCUCGCUGGUGUCAAUCAUUGUUGAAACAGAAGAAGGUGGAGGAGGCCUGGCAGCUGACUCUUUUGAGAGGUUGAACCUCAAAGGGCUGGCUGUGUUCUAGCAGGCUGUGACUGACUCGUCUGGAGGAGCUGGUCCCAGGAAGAGCCUCCAAAUUCAGAGCAGUUUUUCUCUUGAACCAGGUUCAAGGCUGGUGCUUCCACUUUGGUGCUAUGUUACCUGUGAGAGGUUUGGAGGCUCAGACUUUGCACCAAUUAUUCCAGGGAAGAUGUAGCUGCUUGGCAAAGGGGCUCUCCUGAGGAGCUGCUUCUCUACUCUAGUCAUGUCUCUUGCUUUCUCCUCAGCCUUCCAAAAUUCUUGAGGCUGACUCUUAGUCUGCUCUAAGCUGACUGAAGGAUCCUCUUCCCUCUUUGUUAGACUCAGAUUCUGGAAGGUUGUUGCUUCCUUAUUCCCUGCGAAAGUGUUUUUUUCCUGGAAGUGUUUUUUUCCAGCAUCCACAGGCUCCAAGCAGUAGCUCUUUGUUCUGGCCAGGCCAGACCUCUUCAUCUGAGUCCAGGGUUGCUGCUUGGGUUGCUGCUUGCCUGUGCCCUGGAAGGCUCCAAGAGCUGCCUGAACUCCCCCUGCUGCCCCCGUGUUACAGGUGAGAAUUAUUGUAUUCACAAGCACUCCAUUACCAGGCCUGGGCUUUUCCCCCAGGGCUGCGGGAGGUUCUGCUGCUGCUUUAGGUUAAUAAAUAACUUAAUGAA